AUGGAUUACGCACAAUUAUUGAGAGAAUUCAAGACUUCAGAGCCAUUCGAAGCCCCAUUUGCCUUGGAUUCACAACCAAAGUAUGCUGUGUUGUCAUUGAUCAUUUCAUUGAUGGUAAUUUCUCUCGCAUUGGCCACAGCUUGGUCUAAGAGAUCCUUCCCAGUGAAACUAAUCAUUUACACGGUGUUGAGUUUUAUUGGAAGUCUGUUCUGUGGUUCUGCAGCAGUAUUUUUAGCCAACAGCUGGGGUGUUUAUGUAUAG